UUCACUUUAUCUGAAAUCCUUCAAAUUUUCUCAGCAACCAAACAAGAAAUAAAAAGAAAUAAAAAAAUGGCACUUUCCACCUCUUUUACAUCUCUAUCCAAAACCCCCCAAAUUACAAUUUCAAAAACCCUAGCAACAAAAUCAACCACAACAAGAGUAAUAUUCAAUCUCUUAUCCAACAAUUCCAUUUCCAAUUUAAGCUUAAUUUCAAAGCCACGCCCCCUCACACUCUUCACUUCAAAAAAACAUUCCAUAAACCCUAACCCUAAUUUCCAAAAUUCAACUAUCAAAUGCCUAUUCACCGGCAUUGUAGAAGAACUCGGAGAAAUCAAACACAUGGGCCCCACAAAAGACGGCGGUUUCGACCUUAAAAUCAAGGCUAAAACCGUCCUUAACGGCGUUAACCUCGGCGACAGUAUAGCAGUUAACGGAACAUGCUUAACCGUUACAGAUUUUAGUGAAGAAGAGUUUACUGUUGGAUUAGCACCAGAAACUUUACGAAAAACUUCACUUAUAGAGCUAAGGGUGGGAUCAUUGGUUAAUUUGGAGGCGGCAGUGCAGCCGACGAGCCGAAUGGGCGGGCAUUUUGUGCAGGGUCAUGUGGACGGCACGGGGGAGAUAGUUGAGAAGGAGGUAGAAGAAGAUUCAUUGUGGAUUAAGGUUAAGGUGGAUAGUAAAUUGUUAAGGUACAUUGUGCCUAAAGGUUUUAUUGCUAUUGAUGGAACUAGUUUAACUGUUGUUGAUGUGUUUGAUGAUGAGGGGUGUUUUAAUUUUAUGCUGGUGGCGUAUACGCAGCAAAAAGUUGUGAUUCCUUUGAAGAAUGUUGGUGAUAAGGUUAAUUUGGAAGUUGAUAUUUUGGGGAAGUAUGUUGAGAGGUUGCUUAGUAGUGGCUUUGUUGAAUCUAUCAAGGCUUCUUGAUGUAAAGGAAGGUCACGUCUUCCGGCUACAAGCUUAGAGGCGUGCUCAAGGAAGUGUGGAUGCCUUUAUCAAACUUAAGCAAGUUUUGUUUUAUCACAUAAUUUAAAUGCACAUCAAUGUUGUUGGAAGAGGCCAGAAAAAGUAUGUUGUAUUGCCUUAAAUAUAGCCAAUUUUUGUACGUUAUGUCUCACAAGUCGGAAUUAGAGAACAUUUUUCCUAAAUUAUUUGCAAACUUCGACAAGCUUCAAAAGAAGUAAAUCGUCCUGAUAUUUGAUUGUCUUA